UUACAGUUCCUAAAAAUUAUAUUAGCAUUGUUAAUAUUGAAAUACUACUUCCUUGCAACCAAUACUUGUUUUGUGAGGAAUUAUGGGUCCAAAAAAGAGUGGAUAUGUGUUACAGGAUGGAGUGAAAAAGUAUUUAGCUGUAAACUUCACUUUGCAUGACAAACUACACACACACUGUAAAAAUGGACAUGUAAUUUUAUUAUUCACUAACAACAAUGAGUCAUUUGUUAAAACUCUUAAACAAGUAAAUGAGUUAUUUUGUUUGAACACUACUAAACAUCAACUCUAUAAUAUUAUUAAAACUUCAAAAAAAUUGACUAGAAAUUAUAAAAGGGAAUGUACAAGUUUUAUUGAAUUUUGUAAUCAGCCCUUUACACACCACACACCAAGCGUGUCAAUGAGACAGGCAAUGCAUAUUAAACAGCGUAGUUCAUUGGUCACAGUUGAAAAGUCUUCUGUUCUGUCAUCCCAUGAACAUAUUUCUAUUUUACCUUCAGUUAUUAGAGAACCUGAAAAUUCCAUUGAAAAUGAUACAAGAAUGCAUACAUCAAGAGUACAGCUAACCCCUAAAAAAGCAAAACUCAUCACCAGGGUGGAUACUCCAACCUGCAUCUUGCAAUGUGGUUGGAGAAGACUGAGAGGAAGGGAGGAAGGGGCGUUAAGCGUGGCAUCGUUCCGCCCCUAAUAUCAAUUUAUGCACCACUUGUAUAUUCUGUUAAGUAAAAAAAUAUAAUUUAAAGUCUUUAACACAAAAUAUAAUCAGUGUUUUUUAGGCUCAAAUAUUUAUAAGAUGGUAACAUUUCACUACAAGGGUGUUAAAACGUAACAAAUACAUCCACCCUUUAACCUAAAAUAGACCAAUAGUAUUUGGAAAAAUAAUGGAAGCAAAUUAGAACAACUUUUUGUGUAUAAAAAUAACAAAUUUUAUCAGCAAAAUACUCUUUCGUGUGAAAAACUUGUAUUUUUUUAAGGUUUCGGUGGUGUUCCGUUACCCCCUCUGGCCCUCUAGACACCCCUUUAUCUAUAAAGCUAUAUGAACUUGUAGCCUACUAUUACAUCUAUCUUUUGAUACCAAGGUAUAGGCAUUUGGAUAAGAUUUGACAAAGUUAUAACAAUUUCAGUGAAAAAAAAAUUAAUUUUGGAACCAGUUUCUUCAAGAAAUCCAUAUAUCAAAAAUUU